AUGGCAGAAUUUGAGCGGAAAUUUGGCUGGAAAGUUAUCAGUUUUGAAAAAUAUCCGAAGUUUGAUCAGAUAACGGAAUUCAUGAAUAUUGCAUUAAUACCAGCAGCUUUCAUCUUGGUUGUCCUGAUGUUUUUUCUCGCUUAUUGGUCUACGAAAAUAAGCCGUUCGACAGGUGGUGGCGAAGGCUGGUUCGUCAGUGGCUCAAGCGGUGGCAAAAACACCGCCCUGAAACGAACGUUGGAGAUUAUUGAAGAGCAAAAAGCGAUGGAAGCAGAGAAGGAACGUGAACGACAACGAACACAACGUACUCAGCUUAUUUUGCUAGCAAGAGAAGACAGCAAGGCUGCGCUUGCAGACACUGAAGCAGUAGAACAACCACCAUCCGGCAAAACCAGUGAUGCUUUCAGGUUGAGAAUAGUCUGUCAUUGA